GUUUGCUUACAAAAAUGGAAGGCAACAUGAAUAAGGUUAUGAGUUUACUGAGCGAAUUAUCGCUCUCAGACGAGCCAAAGAAACACUUGAUAGAACUUAAAACAACUCUCAUAACACUCACAGCACCAAGAAUAAAGGAGCUGCCGUCAAACCUAAAUCUCAACGUUCUGUUUGACAGUUUUAAUAGCUCAGACAGUGAGCAAGUAGAAUUGACAGUGGACAUUUUGACUCACUUUACUCCCUUUGUGAGUCCAGUCCUGUUACGUGGGUUGGCACACCCACAUGAAAAAGUUCGAACUUUGGUGCUCAAAGAGAUCCAGCUUUGCUCAGACACCGACAUGGGUGUCAUGUCAGUUAUAUCCGACGCUCCUCUCUUGUUGGGCAUUGUGAGUAGCCUGGGAGACUCGUCCCUUGGAGUGGUCAAAGUUGCCAGCGAUACCCUGCUGACUGUUUGCAGGCAGGCAGAAGGAAUUAGGGCAGUAUUUUCAAGUGAAUCCGUGUCGAUCAUGCAAACAGUCAUGGCAAAAUCAGAUUCAUGCAGAUUCAAUGUGUAUGAUAUGUUGGUUCAAGUGUGCUUGCUGGGAGACUUGGCAAUGAGCACAGUCUCCAACUCAGGGCUCCUGGACCGACUAACAGCUGAGGUCACAACAGGAGACGUGUUGACACAGCUCAAUGCACUGGAACUCCUCACCACCCUGGUUGUGUCAAGGGAUGGCAUGGCCCUCUUGCACCGUGCAGGGGUUGUUGCCAAGCUGCAAUACCUCCUUUCCCUGGCUGAGAAUGACCCAAUGGCUGCUCUGCUCAUGCCUGGUUUGAUCAAGUUCUUUGGGAAUAUGGGACACACCCAGCCCCGCAGGAUGGUUGAAGAGUAUGGUUCUGUCAUGGUGAUGAUUCUCCGACUCGCGGCUGGAACUCUGGAUCUUGGAGACCCCACAUUCCAGUUGGUGGCCAUUGAAACAGUGGUGCACAUUGGCAGUUCUCCGGAAGGGAUACUGGCUCUGGCAAAGUUCAAGACUGAGAUGGACGAAGUGCUAGACAUCAUUGGGACUAAAAUGCGUACAGCUCCUACAGAUCAGCGAGUUAGAAUACUUGAAGCACUGGCACAGCUCUUCACAGUGGAGCAGGAGUAUCAGUCAGAGGAAGUGGUGGGUACACUGGAGCUGUGGUGGCCAGGUGUGGCAGGAGUCAACUUGGAGAAACUAAUGGCAGUGGCACGACAGCCAUUUGCCGACCUACACUGUGCAGCUCUUAAGGUUCUCAAGGCUUUGGCUUACAUGGCCUGGGGGCAGAAACUCAUUCGUUCAGAACCAGGACUUGUUGAAUACAUCCUGAACCGAGCAACAGAAAAUGAGAGCACAGGUAAGGUAAUGAAGUGGGAGAUAGUCAAGACCCUUGUUCUCAGCAGCACAGCUUCCUCUAUCUUCGAUGAGUUCCAGAUGGAGCAGCUGAAUAAGUAUUAUCGCCAGGGAGUGUUCUACGUGGAGACACAAGUGGAGGUGGCCAUGGAGGGAGAGAACUGAUGUGUCUUAAGGGUGUAUUAUGGUGCCAGAGAAGGGGACACGUACAAAAUGGAUCAUUGUGAUUAGAGGAGUUCCUUGUGUAUGCAUUAGAUGAAUUCUACAUAUGAUGUCAGCACGUAGUUUUUCCCCAUUUUCUAUGUGUUCAUUCUUCCCCCUUCUCUGGGUCUCAGUAUACAUUUGCUUUCAUUUUAGAAAUGUAUAUUUUGCUCAUUUGUGUAAAUAUGAAAUCAAAGUUGUUUUCUCUGGAUGAUGAGAGUGAUUUACCAAACAUACAAAGACUAGACAUGUUUUUCCUUCUUUAUUUUCAUCUUAUCUUCAUUUCAGUUGUAAUAAAAACUGAUUUGGCUUAUUCAGGAUUUCCAUUCCCAGUGGGUGAUUACUUUUUCUUUUCUUUUUUCCUUCUUAUAUGAAACAUUCAAAGUGUUCAUGAACCAGCAAGGAAUUUUUCUAAGACAGAAAAAAAUAAAACAAGGAUAUAAAACAACAAAGAUAAGGAGAGAGUGGCCUUUUUGUAAUGAAUUCAUAAUCCCAGCUGAAAGAAUUUUAUACAUAGGGAUUGGUAGGUAUGAAUUAGCAAUGUUUGUAAAUAGUUUAUGAUAGAUUAUAAUACCAAAGGAGUAUUAAGCUUGCAACUAUAUUUUUUACCUAAUUAAUGAUGAAAAUGUAUCAGCAGGAAGAGAAAACAUUUAGCUAGCUAAGUGAACCCAGACUUUGUUUAAAGAUAAGCAAAUAUAAAGGUUGGACAUAAAGAAACAGGUGAAAUUAUUGUCAAAUAUAAUACCAAAGGAGUAUUGUCUCUUAGCUGUGAUUUCUACCUAAAAUCAUCAAUGAAAAAUUAUAAAGCAGAAAGGAGACUUACAGAAUCUCAGGAUCUACUUCUGUAAAGCAUUUUACUCACUAUUUGGUGGGACUAGCGAUAAAGCAGUCAGGUUGAAAAGUUGUUUUGUUGGAGAUUGUUAUGGGCUUAUCAAACCAGUGAAAAUGUAUAAAUUCACAAGUUGUCAAGUCAUUUUGUUGUUGAUAAACAGUGGAAUGUUUAUGGAUGUUUACAAAUUCACUUAAUAUCAUUUGGGAGUAUACUGAAAUUGUUUAUCUAUACAUAUUUGUAUAGGAUACUGUAAUUUCACAAUGAAGCACAUUUAAUGAAAAGAUUCUGUGAUAAGAGUAAUGUAGUCAUCUGAUUUUUAUAAUAAAAGUUUGAGGCUGUGCA